AGGGUAUCAUUUGUUUAAAUAAAAAUUAUAAAAAAUCAAUAACUAUCACCGGCUGCAAUCGUUCAUUCUACAUUGAGAUUUUUCCGUUUAUCGCUGCAUAUUGCGGAUAUUUUUUGCAAUUUUCGAAAGUCUGCGCUCACCGAUUACCCAUCAACAUGUCGCUGCUUCCAUUGGAGUCAAACCCUGACGUCUUAAACAAGUUUUUGCAAAAGUUGGGUGUGCCCGAAAAAUGGAGCCUGGUCGACGUUUUCGGUUUAGACGCCGAUUCGUUAGCGUGGGUUCCCAAGCCGGUUCUGUCUGUGAUUCUCCUAUUUCCUAUAAGCGAAACGUAUCAAACUUUCGCCGAGACGCAAGCGAACGAAAUUAAGGAAGCCGGCCAGACGGUCACGCCCGAUUUGUACUAUGUCAAGCAGAUGGUUUCCAACGCGUGCGGCACCGUGGCGCUGAUUCACAGUAUCGCGAAUAAUAUGCAACAGAUUGAGAUCGCCGAGGGACCGUUUAAGAAGCUGCUCGACGAAAGCAAGAACAUGACCCCGGCGGAAAGAGGGGAACUGCUUCAGAAAUCUGCCGCUGCUAUUAUGGACGCGCAUCGCGAAUUGGAGAGCGAAGGACAGACGACCGUAAGCUCUGAUCUUAGCGACGUUGAUCAAUUUCUGGACGACUGCAAACUAUUUCCGAAACCCCAACAGGUCGACCGCAACGUGACGAGAGUGGGCGUCGAGGCGAACAUUGACGUCAGCGUCGGUUUUGCGUGUGCACAAUCUCGCGAUUUGCAUAUUGCGUUUAAUCAAGUGUCGUGA